CGAAGUUUUUCGACGCAUAAGUGAAAAGUUAACAAAGCCUUUGGAAAAAUUACAUUAGUUCUUUAACUUCUCUAUCGUUAGGAUGAAGUUGUACGAUGUGUGGAACAACGUGAAAACAAAAACCUGCAGAUAUUUUCUACAAAAAUAUCUUGGGCAAUAUCUUGAAGAAAACUUAAAUAUAGAACAACUAAAAAUUGAUUUAUACAAUGGCAAAGCCACGGUGAAAAAUGUGUCUCUAAAUGUCGACGCUUUGAAUAAUUUGUUUGAUACCCAGGGAUGGGUAGUGGAUGUUAUCAGUGGCAAAUUUGGCACACUUACCGUAUCCGUUCCAUGGAAUGCGCUUAUGUCCAAUAGUAGCUGUAUUGAAAUUGAAGACGCGAUUAUCUCAGUAAGGCCAGUACAGAGACAAAAUAAUGUCGCCUCAAUGUUGGAAUCAAUGUGGUCAUCCGCAAGUAAUUCUAUGAAAUUAGCGGAAGAGUGUAUGAAGCAAAGUGAUGAAAAUGAAGAGUUUGAAAUAGACUCAAAAUCAAUAGCAGGAUUGGAAAAAUUUGCUGAACUGUUCGAUAAUAUAUUAAAUAGAAUUAAAGCGUCAUUUAAAAAUACUACGUUGCGCUUGGAGUAUCCGUCAUUUGAUAAUACAAAAACAAUCGCUUUAUGCUUUCAUAUAGAUGAAUUAAUAUAUGAAAAUAUAACAGGCUGUGAAAAUUAUCCAAACGAAAGUUCCCAAGAUGCACAUAACUGCCAAUCAACAACGCUUAAUGAUGAGGACGAUACCGAGGCAAACAAAAUAUUCAUGCCCAUCUUUGCUGAGCACAAUAUUAGCAUACGAGGACUACGUGUGUAUACAGAAGAGAUAAAAAGGGAUGAUACAAGUUCAGGCAAAUACGAUGCAAAUUUUUCAAAAUCCAGUGCAAUACCUAUUCUAAAGAUUAAACACCAUUUAAAUAUACGUCUCAAGAUGAAACAAUCGGAGGAUAUAAAUGGUCCUAAGAUUAUAAUUGACUCCGACAUUGGUUCAAUUUAUACUCUUAUAACGCCACGCCAGGUACAUUUGAUUUUAAAACUUUUGGAAGCAUUUCAAAACGAUAAUGGUGAAGAUGAGGAGAAUGCAGAAUGUCUAGGAGCAAGAGGAGUAAGCGAGAGUGUUAUAUUUCAAAAGCGAGAUAAAUUGGUUGAGAUUGGAAAUUGGAUGGAUAGUGAAGCAAUACCUCCUAACAGAGACACUUUACAGUAUAUUAAUUUGGAACGUUGGAAAGAUGUGCCGAUUAGAUAUUCGCCGCCAUGUAGCUCAAUGAGUUCAAGCACAACUAUCACUGGUCUAUCAAAGAUGCAACGUAAAAUAUCAAGCUUAGAGUACUGUGGUGAAAUAAUAAGUUUCUCAGUGCAUAUAUCAUCGGUAGUAUCGAUUAUACUGACAGAAGAUAUAUUGGUUGAAAGUCUUAGCAACAAUCAAAGUCCAUUAAACAAUACAAGCGUACAAAGUAUGAUAAAUUUCUCCGAACAGUUCUUUAAAAGCAUUGAUCAAAUUGAUGAUAAUAAAAUUGAUUCAGUUGCAUUAACGGCUGGUAAGAAUCAUUUGUUUGCUUGUUUCUCGCCAAUAGUCUCCGAAGGGAGUCAACAUAGAAUAAAACAGACAAUAUUAUCUAAAAUUAACAUUAACGCUCAAAAGGUGGACUUACAUGAGGUGCUAAACGGAAAGCCAACAGAAUUAAUUACCUUUGAUCGCACAGAAAGCUCAAACAAAGCUGACGUUUCAAUAAAUAUUAAAUCUGAUGUGAAUUCGACGAAUGUAGACAUUACUUUGCAAAAGUCGAGAAUAGAACUAGAUAUAUCUAUUUACGAUCGACUUAGUGCACUGUUCGCUCCCUCGCCUUAUUCCACGUUUUCUUCAAAUCGCACGCCUUCCCGCCGUUUAAACGAUACAAACAAGUCUAUACUCGUUACAAGUUUAUCAUCCGUAUCCAUGGAUGUGAAGCUACGAUUUCCAAUAUAUGAUGCUAGACCGAUUCAUGAUCCAGAUCGUGUCCCAUGGUGGCAACAAAAUAUCCGCGCUGACUAUAUGCUAAUGACACUUGAUGACGUUCAUAUGAAAAUUGAUGCCGGAGUAUUUGAGGUGAAAUUAAAUGAAGUCAAUGUGUAUUAUAUUGACAAGGAAGUAACAAAAACAGUGCGUCUUCUAGUAGCAAAUGCAGAGAGGAAUCACUUAAACGCUUUGGAUUAUGUAAAAAUUUCUGUGGCAAUACCAAAUGAAUCAUACUGGACAAACUUAAAGAAUAACCUUUCAAAUGAAAAUCCUUAUGAAAACAUAAAAAGAUUUUCUGAUAAAACGCCGUUUAGUGCAAAACGCAUAUGUAGACUAAGUGACACAAUUCAUAAUCAAAGUGAUGACAAUAUGGAAUCAGAAACGGUUUUGCUUCCUGGUGAAACAGAAGAACUCGAAGAAUUUCGCAAUGCAACAAUGCGCACGUCCAAAAUUCAAGUUCAAGUGCAUGUACCCAAUGUUGUCCUCUCGUUGCCAUCAAAGCAAUUCUACGAAAUUAUUUAUAACCGUUUCAACAUGGACCUCUUCAUGUGGGAACCCAGCUCACCUUUAUUGAAUUCUAGUAACACUCUACGCACAGAAAAUACACAAAAUAUAUGUGAUAUGGCCAGCUCACCUACUAACCAAUAUACGAAUUUUAACGAGUGUGAUUACUCUGAUAAUGAGGAGAGUGACCCGGUCGCUUGCCACAAUAGCGUAUUAAAUUCGAUUUCAAUGACAGAAAGUAUAUAUUUUUCUAUACAUAACCCAAGCAAAUCGGAAGAGGCAAGCAGAUAUGUGCCUGAUAUUAAGAAGAGUGAGUUUUCGAUAGAUAUUUCAAUAAUGAGUGGUUUGCUAAAUAUAACAUUGCCCAUAACUGACAAGGAAACGCAAAUCGUUGAAAAGGAUACUGGAAAAAUGGACAUUGAUGUAAAAAAGCUAAGAAUUUUCUCAGUCAAUGGACAUAAUAGUGAUAAAAAUCUAUGCUACUUGUGCAUAGAAGCUAGUGAUAUUACGAUGGAUCAUUGCGGCCUACUGUCUGAAUAUUUUUCAAGACUUUCGAUACCCUUAGAGCAGUACAUGCGAAGAACGUUGCAAAAAACUCCUAAGGGCUUGUCUAAGGGUAAUCAACCGAAAAUGAAAGAGCGCGAAAUGUUGUCAUUGGUAAUUGAAACUAAACGCGUUCCAGAGCAGAGAAUAAAAAGAUUAAGAGUUACAACAGGGCUCCAACAAACCACGUUACGUUAUCAUCCAUUUGUAUCAAACCAAUUUUGGUUAAAUCAACUUAUUGACUUCCUUGAUGUGGUCGAUUACCCUAUUGAAGGUUACGUACCAUAUGGUAUUAUAACUGAAAUGCAAAUUAGCCUUUGGAACUGCGCGGUAGAGUACAGGCCAACAAAUUUUGACUAUCGAGCUCUUGUCGAAUUUGGAGCUUUUACAAUAACUAGCAACGUCAUAUCGUCCGUAAAUGGCUGUAAUCUAAGAUUCAUAAUCGAAGACUUUAUAUUGUCGAUAGCGCCUUAUAAAGGGAUUGAUGAUAAAACGGCCAUCAAUUCAAAAUAUUUGGUACCCGUACUUGAUAUCGGUCUUUUCGAUAUUUCAUUGAGAUUAAGCGAGAACUCUGACAAACAUCCUAAAUUCGAUCUUAGAUGCUCUGUACAUGGUGCUCAUUUAAGAACCUGCAGUGACUCUGGCAAGGCCUUAGCACAGCUCCUCGAACACUUAGCUAGUGAUGGCGGUUCUGCUGGUUCGGAACAAGAUGAUACAGAUAGAACUCUUCAGCGAUCUGAAUCUGCUAGCAGUAAUGCCUCUUCAACAGAGGAAUUUAGACGAAGAGAAAGUGUAAGUGAGCAUCAAGAAUGGCAGCAGGAGCGAGUGAAUUUAAUGAUGGCUGACGCUAUUCGACAGAAUGUCACGCUAAGUACGUCGCCAUCUACAUCAAAGAAAGCAGCUGAAUGUGGAGUGAAACCGUUUUAUUUCCCCGAUGAACAACAACAUAUAUCCGUAGAUGAUGAAGAAUAUGAAUGCGGCGAUGAUAUGUCCGGAAUUUUUAAUUUUGAGCAACAUGUUAUGAGCACUUCAUAUUUACCGGUCGAACCGAGUAUAGAUGUUUUGCCACAAGUUAAAUCCGAUUUGGGUGAUAUCAAUAUUGAGCGCAAAUCCAGUUUGCAACGACGUAAUCCUCGUGAGGAUGAUUAUUGUAUUAUUACCGAGCACGAGAAACAAAAGGUGACAAAAUGUGGUGUACGCGAUGUAAAAAUUUGCGAAGAUCCAAUACGUAUCGUGGACAAUCAUUUUACUUUGACUACAAGCAAGCUGGACUUACUAAAGCCUCCCGCUGGAUUUCCCAUGCCUGUAUCUCGCUACACACUUUGCGAGAUGACAUUCACCUGGCACCUUUAUGGUGGGAAGGAUUUCGCACAUGGCGCAACUGAUAUGAAUGCCAGAAACGAAACAAGUCAAUAUCGCAUGUCCGAUGCUUACCGUCAUGGUGUGUCAUAUUCGAAGAGUAAUGAAAAGGUUUAUGAUGCAAGUAAACCUAAAGACCUUUCAUGGAAAACUAUUGGAGGCGCACAGCGAAAUCAUGAAGUGCUAGUAGAAAUACAAAUAACAAAAGCUCGCUUGUCGCACGAAGUUUAUCCAAAUCAUACAGCACAAGCUUCACGUCAAGUACUUGUUGUACACGACAUCGAAAUCAGAGAUCGUUUACAAUCAUCUGAAAUAAAUAAAUUUUUAUUUAAUCCUAACUUAAGAACUGCAUCAGUGAAAACUCCACAACAAAUGGUUGUUAUCAAAGCGUUACAUACCAGACCGAAGCCGAAGCUUAGUCCAGCCGAAGAGUGUUCACUGAGAGUUUCACUAUUGCCACUGCGUCUUCAUAUCGACCAAAACACACUAAUUUUCUUGGCCGAUUAUUUCACAAAUAUGGGCAGCAAUAAGGAAGAGCAGACCGAAGAGUGUAAUACACUUUCAGAAGUACAAGCACCUAUUAUGGAUGUUGAGUUGUGUGAUGACGAUGAUGAGUUUAAAGCAAGACAACUGAUAUCCACAAACCUUGAGUUGUUGGAAAAUGAAGUAACAGAUAAAUCCCAAACUCAGUCGGAAGAUUUAGAGAAAUCUGCACCGAUAUAUUUCCGUGAAGUGGUUUUCGGUCCAGAGGUGUCAAUACGUUUCGACUACCACGGUCGUAAAGUAGAGCUUUCAAGGGGUCCAAUAGCAGGACUUCUAAUGGGCCUCGGCCAAUUGCAGUGCUCGGAAAUACGUUUGAAGAAAAUAGUUCACCGCCGCGGAUUCCUUGGCAUUGAGAAAAUGCUGGUAUACCUAUGCAAAGAAUGGUUAAAUGACAUAAAAAGAAAUCAACUACCCAGAAUUUUGAAAGGUGUUGGACCAACAUAUUCACUUGUACAAUUUAUACAAGGCGUAAUUGACCUAUUCCGUUUACCAAUCGUACAAUAUCAACGUGAUGGACGUAUAAUUCGGGGACUACAGCUGGGCGCACAAAGUUUUACCUCGAGAACAGCAUUUGCUGCUUUAGAGUUGACCUCACGUGUUAUACAAUUGUUGCAAUUUACAGCUGAGACAGCUUUUGACAUGCUGUCCUCUGGCCCAUCUGUAAGGCGAGUCCGUAGGUUACGUCAAGAUAAAAAGAAACGAUCCAAUCGGCCAAAGGAUAUGCGUGAAGGUGUAACGAAUGCGUACCUGAUAGUAAAAGAGGGAAUAAAUGAUUCGGCGGCUACACUUAUAGAAACCGCUGUUACGGAGCACGAUCAGAAGGGAUAUACGGGAGCUGUAGGUGCUGUUAUGAGGCAAAUACCGCAACUAGUUGUUUGCCCGGCUGUUUUGGCUACUCAGGCUACAAGCAAUAUUUUGGGAGGUGUUAAAAGCUCUCUUGUCCCUGAAGCCAAAGUUGAAGCUCGCGAAAAGUGGAAAACCGAUAUUAAUUAAAUCUCUUUUAUAUAAUAUAUAUAUAUUAUAACU